AUGGACCUCUCCCGCCAAACAGAUCUCGGUCGUAUCAACAAUCGCCUCGCACUGCACCAGCAACACCUUGAACCGGCCCCGCACUCCACCGCAAAGCAAUCGCCCACCAUGGCCGCUCGCGACCCCAUUACCUGCCACGUCCUCAACACUCUGACCGGCACUCCAGCCGCAAACCUACCCGUCACUUUGACGCAGAUGACCUCCUCAACCUCCAGUCCCGUUACCUUCCAAGCUACCACCAACGCCGACGGGCGCGUCGCCAAUUGGACGCCCGUCAGCGGAUCCGCCUCGGUCCCUUCCAUUCUGAGCGCGCUUCCGGCCGCCGAUAGCAAGACAAACUGGGCUUUGCGCUUCGAAACUGGUCCUUGGUAUGAGGCCCAGGGAAUUGAGAGCUUCUGGCCGGAGGUAGAGGUCAAGUUUACUGUUAAGGGCCGUGGUCGUGAGGGCGAGGAGGGCUGGCGCCAUUAUCACGUCCCCGUGCUUCUGGGUCCUUGGAACUACUCGACAUACCGGGGCUCUUAA